AGGAAGCGGUGACUGGCUGAAUAGCAAACUGGGGUUGGGACAUGGAAGUUUCUGACUUCCACGACUGACGACGCGGGGGCCCAGGCGCCCAGAAAAGUGAAGUCGACCCAGCAGCCCUGCUCCGAGGGACGCUCCACGAAAGCGGAGGUGCAGGGAGGCUCGACCACAAUUCGCUGUAACCUGAGCCAAGCUCCGGCGGAAGGGCGGCCAGGGACCGAUUAAAAGGGUCAGCUCCGGGGACUGGGCGAGACCGCGAGAACUUUGUCCUCCUUAGGCUGAAGCCGGCGGGAGUCCCGGAGGACGUGUAAUUUGAGCAGAGCUUCCAAGGUCACGCGGAGACGCGCGAGGCCUUUGAUGAAAGAGCUACUUCAGGGUUUGAAGGGUAGGCGUCCAACAGCGGAACUCAAGAAAGAACGCGGGGAGCGGCGGGACCCGGGGCCGCGGCGGGACCCGGGGCCGCGGCAGGGCGUCCACUCGGCAAUCUUCGGCUGAGGUUCGGCCACCCCCGCCCCCCUAACUUCGGCCUCAGCCUCGAGCUCAGGGCCGAUCCGGAAACAGCCGAGCGGAUCCGGAAACAGCCGAGAAGACCCGGAAGCGGUGAGCGCCGUCACCAGGGAGUGCGGGAACCCGCCGUUUGCGCGGAGGCAAUGGCGGCAGCUGCGCCGGCGGCCGCGGGCGAGGAUGGCCGGCGGCGGCUGCCAGGGGCCGCGCUGGACAUCCAGCCCCAGGAAGGGGCAAAAGUUGAAGCUGAGUCCGGGGAGCUCGAACGGCUUCGGGCUGAGCUAGCAGGCGCCCUGGCAGAAAUGGAAACCAUGAAGGCUGUGGCCGAGGUGAGCGAGAGCACGAAGGCCGAGGCUGUGGCGGCGGUGCAGCGGCAAUGCCAAGAGGAGGUGGCCUCGCUGCAAGCCAUCCUGAAAGACUCCAUCAGCAGCUAUGAAGCCCAGAUCACGUCUCUGAAGCAGGAGCGGCAGCAGCAGCAGCAGGACUGUGAGGAGAAGGAGCGGGAGCUGGGGCGCCUGAAGCAGCUGCUGUCUCGGGCUCACCCCCUGGACUCCUUGGAGAAGCAGAUGGAAAAGGCCCAUGAGGACUCGGAGAAGCUGCGGGAGAUCGUGCUGCCCAUGGAGCAGGAGAUCGAGGAGCUGAAGGCGAAACUGCUGAGGGCGGAGGAGCUGAUCCAAGAGAUCCAGAGACGGCCCCGGCAUCCCCCUUCCCUGCACGGCUCCACGGAGCUGCUCCUGUCCCGGGACCCAUCUCCCCCUCUGGAGCCUCUUGAGGAGCUGAGUGAGGACGGGGGCCCAGCGGCUGAGGCCUUCGCCCACAACUGUGAUGACAGCGCCUCCAUCUCCUCCUUCUCCCUUGGCGGGGGGCCCAGCGGCAGCGCCUCCCUGCCCCGCAGCCGCCAGGGCUUGAGCCCCGAGCAGGAGGAGACAGCCUCUCUGGUGUCCACGGGCACCCUGGUCCCUGAAGGCAUCUACCUACCCCCUCCUGGUUACCAGCUGGUCCCAGACAACCAGUGGGAGCAGCUGCAGUUGGAGGGGCAGCAGCUGCAGAAGGACCUGGAGAGCGUCAGCCGGGAGCGGGACGAGCUGCAGGAGGGCCUGAGACGGAGCAAUGAGGACUGCGCCAAGCAGAUGCAAGUCCUCCUGGCUCAGGUCCAGAACUCAGAGCAGCUGCUGCGGACCCUGCAGGGAACCGUGAGCCAGGCGCAGGAGCGCGUUCAGCUGCAGAUGGCAGAGCUGGCCAACUCCCACAAGUGCCUGAGCCACGAGGUAAAGCGCCUGACAGAGGAGAACCAAGGGCUCCGCGCUGAGCAGCCACCAUCCUCAGCUCCCCGGGUCCUGGAGCAGGAUGAGGGCUGGGAGGAGUCGCUGCCCAGCUCGCUGCCGGAGCUGCAGCAGCUGGUGCGCCGCACGCAGCAGGAGGCGCGGGCCCGCCAGCAGGCCCAGGAGCACGAGGCUGAGAGGCUGCGGAUUGAGAUCGUGACUCUGCGGGAGGCACUGGACGAGGAGACAGCGGCGAGGGCCAGCCUGGAGGGGCAGCUGAGGGUGCAGCGGGAGGAGACAGAGGUGUUAGAGGCCUCCCUGUGCAGCUUGAGGAUGGAGAUGGAGCGCGUCCAGGAGGAACAGAGCAAGGCCAAGCGGCAGGAGGUCCUCAGGCCGUCACAGGGCUUGGGCCGCACAGAAGAGGCCCAGCUCACAGACCUUCUCUCAGAGCAGCGGGCAAAGAUGCUGCGGCUGCAGGCGGAGCUGGAGACCAGUGAGCAGGUGCAGCGGGAUUUCGUACGACUGUCCCAGGCCCUGCAGGUGCGCCUGGAACGGAUCCGCCAGGCAGGGAGCCUGGAGCAGGUGCGCAGCAUCAUAGAUGAGGCGCCCCUUCGGGAUGUCAGGGACAUCAAGGACACCUGAGGGGCCGGCACCCACCCACCCUGGAGGAGACCUCCCUUCACUCCUGAACUGUGAGGCCGAGGCUUGAGGCGGGUGGUCUCAGGAUGGAGUCGUCACCCUCUCCAAGGCCGGGGUUGAGGUGAUGGGGCCACCGCUGCCCUGUCCCCUGCAGCGCUCCUCCUAAGGGCGGCUGGGCCUUCUGCUUCCAAAGAUGACACCCGUGCGAGGGUCCCAAGCCCCUCCGUGAGCCAGCUUGGCCCUGUGGCUUUCUGGCUGCCAUGAUGCCUCCUGGGUUCCAACCCUCCUGCGCUCGCUACCACCCAGACUAACAGCCACACCUGUCACCUCGUGUCCCCUUCCCCCAGGGACAGCUGCGAGUGGUGGCGGGGAGCCUUGGGGUGCGUCCCCAGCCCCCUCCACACCCGCGCCCUGGGCAGGUGGCUGCUUCCCAGACUGCGUUGACACUAAGAUGCUUGUCCCCAGGGGCCCGAGCCAGGCCCCAAGAUGUGUGCAUGGAGACAAGGCCAGAUUUUUCUGUCAUUUAUUUUCAAUAAAUAAGCAGCU